AUGGCCCUGGAGGGCGUUACAGCACCCAGGCCGGACCGUCUCUUCGUGCGGCAUGGCACCUUCAGCUACCAAACGACUCUGAACGAGCCCAACGAUCCCGCCUUCGAUGGCCCAACAAGACUCCUCGACCCCGGCCCUGACAAAGUCGGAAAGAACACCGAUCUCAACCAGGUCCUUCUCCGCAGGCUGCUGGAGCGUCAUGGGAUCGACUCCUCGAGGGCCAUGCUGGCUAUGAGAACCUCGCUGCGGCUCUGGGAGCCCACCGAUGUCGAGCCAGUGCUUCGCCAACUGACACUGCGCGGGCGCAAUCACAAUCCGUGUGGUCCGGAGCUGAGUCGGUAUCCAGGCGAAUCCGGUACCGGCAAGCUGCUAAGGCUCGUCCCGGAGCUGGGUCGAUACGUCAAGGCCCCAGCUACCCUCGUCCGCCAGUCUAUCCAGCAACAAGCUGCCCUUUGCGUAAACCGCGAUGGUAAAUUCCAGGUGAUGAAGUCGGGGUAUUCGGUCAUGUCUCACGCCUGGGAAGAGACCAUGGGGUGGAGCGAUCCACAGGGCUCCGGGAAGCUCGACUCCAGCGCGAGGAAGAAGGGAAUUUAUAAAUCCCACUUCGCAAAGUUUUUCAACCGCUGUGGCGCAACAUGGCUAUGGGUAGACGCUCUCGCGAUGCCGGAGAUCUUCGAGGACAUGGACCCCGCGCAAAAGACCGAGGCCGAGUUCCUCCGCAUCGGUGUCAUCAACAACAUAGCCUCGAUAUUUCGACAGGCGGAUAAGGUCGUUGUGCUGGACACUCUCGCCUUGCAACUGUCCACCGGCAGCCUCAUCGAUGUCGCUGUCGUUCUAUCCCUGGGUCGCUGGAUCAGAAGAAUGUGGACCGUGGCGGAGGCACGACUGGGGAAAAAGGUGUUCGUCAAGACAGCAGACGGAGAGGCGGAUUUGGAUGAAAUUGUAUCGUUGUUGGAAGAGGAAGCGGUUGAGCUCGGCUACCGAUUUGGUGGUUUGUUGAGGACUUUGUCGAUAUUACGUAGGAAACCUACCGCCGGAGCCACGGCAGAGCUAUCUGACCUGGUCAAGGCCUACAGGCACACCCAUACUGAAGACGCUGUCGACAGGGUGAGGGCAGCUUUCCCGCUCUUGGGGCUCAUGUGGGGAGCCGGAUGGAGCCAAGAAGAGGGCAUGCUGCACCUGAUCAGACAGAUGCCCACCGAAUCGGUGUUUCUCGCCCAGCUCUACGGCGAACGAGGACUUCCCGGGCCCUACCACGCGAUGCCUUCUGUUCUGAAUCAGCUCUGUGGCCAUAUGCACCCGGGCUCCGGGCUACAGUUCACAGAAGCCGGCGUCGCAGGACGGCGGAGAUGCGCGAGGGUGUUUUCGUUCUCUUAUCACAUGGGCGCCGGGACCCAGAAGGAUCCGAUGGCGGCCGUCGUCGUCGCCGUCGCGGGUGCCGCGAAGUGGGAGAUCGAGGUCCAGGUCCUGACGGACCACGAUGCGGCACAACUCGAAAGGGCCGCAAGACACGGCGUCCUGAGGCUCCUCUUUCCGGAGGAUGGGGAGCUAUUCAACUUCCUACUCGUCAGUGACAACGGGACAGUUUCUUCGGACGAAGUGGGACAAACAGCUGUCAGUGGUGCGGUGCUCGGCUCUGGACUUUGUGCCCUGGGCGAAAAGGACUCAUGUCGCCUUCAAGCGCAAACCGCAACUUGGAUACUCUCGUAA